UGUCUCUGUCUCUGUCUCUGCCUCUCUCACUAGCCGUUAGCUGGCCAAUUCAAGAGGAGACCUUGUCAAAGGCUUGUAAAAUAAUCUCCUUCCUCAUUAUAAAAAAAGGCCUUCCCUUUCGCUCCCGAUUUAACAAUGCUCUCUCCACACGCUUUUUCCUCCAGAAUCUACGAAACCCCAUUUCAACCCUUUACUCAUUCUUCUCCCUCUCUAACUGUACCAUAUAUAUAAGUUGAUCCUGCAUGCACAUCUCUUCCUUCAUCCCGACUUCAAAAGCUCCUCUUGCCCUCGCACAAAAGUUAUCCGUCGCGUGGUAUUUCAUGGAUUGCUUGGUACGGCCGGUCGCUUUGUUGAGCCGGCGGUGCUCGGGAUCAAGGCUGCGCUACCAACAACUCGUCGAGGACGGGCUGGGCGAGCCUGACGGCCCUGUGACCGUGGUGGUGGGGAAGGAGAGGAGGGAGUUCUUGGUCGAUGCAUAUGUGCUCGAGGAGAACCCGUUUAGGGUACUGAUCGACGCCGUCACGAGAAAAGAGGGCGGAAGAGGUUCCGAUGCGAGGAAGCGGCGCGAGCGGAGGGAGAGGGUGAUCUUCAUUGACGUCGACGCAAUCUUGUUCGAGCACAUGCUGUGGCUGAUGCACAACGACUGGCCGUCGCUGUUCCAGCUGAACGUGGAGGAGAUCAUCGACUUCUAUGCUCAAGAAAAUUAGAGACGAAACAUACAAGCACAAGCACCCAUUUGGAAAAGGUCCAAAGGUAGAGAAACCUUGCGAACUAAUUUAAUAAUUCGAUCGGUACAACUAUAGUUAUUUUUUCUUCCUUGGCGUGAGAAAUCCUCUAAUGGUCCUUGGUCAGAACCCUAAGUUCUUGAUUUGGAUGUAUAUAUACAAGUAAUGAGACAUUAAUGUAUUCACCUAUUCUCUUCAGAAUAUGCUUCUUCUUC